AUGGCUCCGGCAGCGCUGGCCGCCUCCGUCGCCUCCGUCUCCCCCGCGGCAGCGGCGUUCGCCCCCGGCGGCGGCGUCCGCCUGGCCAGGAUAGCCUCCCUGGCUCCUCUUCGUUCCACCAGAAGGGUGUUGCCACCAACCGACCUGCUCGGAUCGGCGAGGCAGAGGAGGCGCCUGGUGGCAUGGAGCAGCACGUCGUCGCCCUCGGAGACGAGCACGGGCGAUUCCCAAUCUCCGAAACAAGAGAAGGCGCCGUUCGGGUACACGAGGAAGGACGUGCUGCUGAUCGGCGCAGGCGUCACCGCCUUCGGCGUCGGGCUCAAGUACGGGCUGGAGCUCGUCGGCGUGGACCCCCUGCAGGCCGGCAACGUGGUGCAGCUGCUGGUGGUGCUCGGGAUGACGGUGGGGUGGAUCUCCACCUACAUGUUCCGGGUGGCCAACAAAGACAUGACCUACGCGCAGCAGCUCAGGGACUACGAGAAGCAAGUCAUGGAGAAACGGCUGGAGAGCUUGUCGGAGGCUGAGCUGCAGGCUCUGCUGGAGCAAGUGGAGGAAGAGAAGCAGCGCCUGCCGCAGAUCCCGGAAGAGCCCAACGCCAUCACCUUCAAGAAGAAAUGA